AUGGGCAAACACCAUGAUUGGAGGCCAAGGGGGAGCGUAUGCGCCUUGGUGACAACACCCGCGUGUGCGGUACCACCAGAGGUUUUGGAGGGGGGUGUGAACUCAGUGAGUUCAACACAUCUUAGCUGCGACGGGAUGAACCUCAGUAGAUCGUAGCAGCAAGGCUACUCUGCUACUUACAGUACCCGGCAGCGCAUUAAAGUCGUCUGCAAUGGAUGUAUCGGUCCGGCCGUUCGGAAUUGCGAUCGCAAUGCUAUUCAUAAAACUAUACGUAGUCGAUUAACGACGGACCGGUAGGUGGUGCUCCAUCGAGGACUGCUACCAAGCUUAGAGGCGUUCAGCUGUUAGCAUGUCACGCGUAGCUUCGCGCCAUCGGCUUUUCAGCCGAGCGCAUUACCAAAUGCGUGAUCGGAUGGUUCCUCUCGUACUGAAUC